CUUGUGAAUCGUUAUCAGCAAAAUCGAGUAGUGCAAGAAAUGCAGGGGAGAUCAUACAAGCCACGGCCAGAAAGUCUCUCCAACUUACUCGAAUCCUCUGCUAUUAUAUUUGCACCGCCUGCAACAAGAAGAACGGCAUGCGUCUGACAGGCAGAGAUCGAGCACCGACAUGGCGAGCAGACCAGCGGCGUCACGAUCUCUCCUUUUCAAUGUUUUCUUGAUCGCGACGGCGGUGCUCAUGCGUCGGCUUUGCUCCGUUGAUGCUUCGGCGACGGCGAACCAGCAGACGCGGCCGCCGGCGCUGUUCGUGUUCGGGGACUCCAUCGUGGACACGGGCAACAACAACGCCCUCACCACGCUGAUCCGCUGCAACUUCCCGCCCUACGGCCAGGACUUCCCCGGCCACAACGCCACCGGCAGGUUCAGCAACGGCAGGGUCCCCAGCGACAUCCUCGCCAGCCGGCUGGGCAUCAAGGAGUACGUGCCGGCGUACCUCGGCACGGAGCUCAGCGACUUCGACCUGCUCACCGGCGUCAGCUUCGCCUCCGGCGGAUGCGGCUUCGACCCCCUCACCGCCGAGCUCGUGUCGGUGCUCACCAUGGACAACCAGCUGGACCUGUUCAAGGAGUACAAGGCGAAGCUGGAGCGCGUCGCCGGCGCGCGGCGCGCCGGCGAGAUCGUCUCGACGAGCCUUUACAUGGUGGUGACCGGCACCGACGACCUGGCCAACACCUACUUCACGACGCCGUUCCGGCGGGACUACGACCUCGAGUCCUACAUCGACUUCGUCGUGCGGUGCGCCUCCGACUUCAUCCGGAAGCUGCACGGGGAGGGGGCCCGCCGGAUCAACAUCGCCGGCGCGCCGCCCAUCGGGUGCGUGCCGUCGCAGCGGACCAACGCCGGCGGGCUGGAGCGGGACUGCGUGUCGCUCUACAACCAGGCCUCCGUCGUGCUCAACGCAGCGCUGGAGAAGGAGAUCAAGCGGCUCAACGGCAGCGCCGAGCUCCCGGGCUCCGUGCUCAAGUACAUCGACCUCUACACGCCGCUGCUCGACAUGAUCCAGCGUCCCGGCGCCUACGGAUUCGACGUGACGAACCGGGGGUGCUGCGGGACGGGGGUGUUCGAGGUGACGCUGACGUGCAACCGGUACACGGCGCACGCCUGCAGGGACCCCAGCAAGUUCCUCUUCUGGGACACCUACCACCUCACCGAGAGAGGCUACGACCUCCUCAUGGCGCAGAUUAUAAACCGAUACGGGCUCUGAAAUGGAUGUGGUGACAGCACGGGAGAUUUUGGGAUUAUAAUGGCGGCGGGCGGGCGGGCGGGCAGGCGGGCGCAGUUUAUGUGUACUUCAGAGGCUUCUGAUGAAUCUUCAGUAUCCUGAUCGAAUUGAGUGUAUUUUGAUGUUGUAGCUGAACUACACAGCUAAAGCAAUCAGCAGUUCAUUAUAAUAUCCCCAGUUUGUAU